AUGUGUUACUUCACCAGGAGAGGUCGAGGUGCAAGUGAGAAGACAGGAGCGGUAGCGGGUUCACCAAGUGGUCCCCGGCUUCGAGGCUAUGAGCGGAACAGAAGUAAGCUGUUUACCGAUAACCGAAUAAAAGUGUUACGAACUCGACCAACUGCCCUUCGUCUGCCAGCCCUCGCCAGCCAGUGCAGCGCCCAAGAGCUGGUUAGGGUUCUCAACGACCUCUUUGCCCGCUUCGAUCGCCUCGCUAGUCGUGAAGGCACAAAGUUAGCAAAAUAUGCAAAUUUGCACGGUGAAGCUGUCUUACCUGCAAUCCGCUUGGAAUGUGGAUUAGAAGCCUCCACUAUCCGCUCUCCGGGGAGUUGGGCGAUCCACUUGUCUCAGCGGUGGAUUGUGAGGAUCUGCCUUCUGUGUGGAUGCCCCAACGCUCCUUGGCAACGAGACGUGCAGUCACCAGAAAGAGAACUAAUCCUUCGAACUAGCGAUACGACUUCCUGGAAAUUGGACUGCCCUGGUGUCGUUCAGGGUAUUUGGGCAUUUAAAUCUGACUUUGCAGGCGGUUCCCUUCAACGAAUUUCACUGGAUUGGGUAUAUAAUGCACUCAGAUGUUUCGCCAGAAGGCCCUCCGCAGUGUCGCCAUCACCAGCUCCACGCCGCGUAUCUGGGCGUCGAUUCCGUCCCCGCUUCGUUCUACUGGAGGCCGAACGCGCUGGCCACAGGCUUGAGCGCGACGGGGAAGGACUUACACAACGCAGGCUUGGCGAAGGACUCGGGUACUGGAAGGAUGUCAACUUCGGUUCCGAUCCCGGCGGCCGCCCGUGUCGAGUCUACAGCAAACGUCUGAACCUGAGUUCUCCAUGCUCUCAAACACUCACGAGUGAAGAUUAUAUAACAUUUAAGAGUAUUGAUAAGGAUGUCGUCACCAGGACAAGUUACUUUGCCUUGAACUGCAGUGGCAUCCCAGACGAAACCGUCGCCGGGACUCCAACGGAGGACUCUUGGCCUGUGUCUGCGAUCGUCGGCACCGCCGUCCUGGUCGUCAUCGUCGUUGGUGUAGUUGUCUUCGCCGUCGUCUUGGUCGUAAAGCUGAGAAAGUCCAGGUCGUCGAGAAAGACCGCGAUUCCUGCCGACGACCUGCACGAACCCCCGCCGCGAUGCCGAUCGAAAGGACGAGCACGGCUAUUGCUACAUCGACUAAGAGCGAAAAGGCUAAUGUGUCUUUUUACUAUCUGUUCCGUUUCAUCAGUAUAGCAUGUCAGUAUUUGUUUCAUGCCUUUAUGUUUUUGUAACUGCUAUUAUCAUUUGACUCAGUUCUAUCAUGUUGCUAACACUAAUAUUACAAUUAAUUGUAGUACUUCUCAACAUUAUAUUGUAAUAACAAUGCCAUUUUAACAUCACCAUCAUUGAUUGUAAACAUUAAUGAUAUUUUUCAUUGCUGAUUGCCAUCAGAAUUACAUUAAAACUCUAUUCCAUGAUGAUAGCCAUUUCCAUAGUAUAAGCAAGGACGGACGUUGUAAGCAAGUAAAGUAUGUUAAAAUGCAUUCUAAGACAAAAUGUUAAAGGUUAAGAAACACGUCUCUGCUCUCACUUUUAAUAAAACUUUCCAUAGUCA